AUGAAAUAAAACAAUGGUUAAACUCCAAACAACGAAAACUUAAGAGUAGUUAUAAGAGUCCGUCCACCGAUGGCUAGAGAAAUUCGGGAUGGCAAAUUCAUCUCAACUGUGCAGGUUGCUCCAGAUAAUUUAUAACUUUGCAUAUUUGAUUAUCAUGCAAUAGAGCUUGUUCCGGAUGAAGAUUUAGAACAAUAUGUUUCAAAUCCAUCAAACUACACUCUCCAUUAAUUCACAUUUGAUUAUGUCUAUGACCAAGACAGCACUUAAGAAUAAGUAUAUAAUACCACAGCAGCAUUAUCAGUAGAUUCAACUUUGCAAGGAUACAAUUCAACUAUAAUUGCAUAUGGUCAAACUGGAACUGGGAAAACAUACACAAUGCACGGAUUUAGUUUCAACCCUAAUUCAGAUUAAUUAGGUAUCAUACCAAGAUCUUUGCAUAACAUAUUUAAUCACAUUUAAAUGAAAAGUAAUUCAUCUACAACCUUUAUGGUUCGAGCAUCAUACUUACAGAUAUAUAAUGAAAAUAUAAGUGAUUUAUUAAGAGAUUCUGCAUCUUUGAAUAUAAGAGAAGACAAAAAAAGAGGAGUCUUUGUUGAAAACUUGUCAGAAUGGGCAGUAAGAGGUCCAGCUGAAAUCUAUUAAUUAAUGCGUAAAGGUAAUGCUAAAAGAGUAACAGCAAGUACAAGAAUGAAUGAUACAAGUUCAAGAAGUCAUGCAGUUUUCAUUAUUACAGUUGAAUAAAUUGAGGAGAAACCUGAAGGAAAAUCUGCAAAAGUUGGUAAAUUGAAUUUAGUUGAUUUGGCUGGCAGUGAAAGAGUCAGAGUGACUGGAGCUACAGGUCAAAGAUUAGAAGAAUCCAAAAAGAUCAAUUAAUCCUUGUCUGCCUUAGGAAAUGUCAUUGCAGCCUUAACUGAAAAUAGAGGUACUAAACCUCACAUCCCGUAUAGGGAUUCAAAAAUAACGAGAUUAUUAGAAGACUCUCUGGGUGGAAACUGUAAAACUACCUUUAUGGCUAUGAUAUCACCUGCAAUUGACGCCUUUGGGGAAUCCUUAUCAACAUUAAAGUUCGCAAAUAGAGCUAAAACAAUUAAAAAUACUCCAAUUGUAAAUUAAGAUGGAGAUCAAGGGGCUUUAUUAAGAAAAUAUUAAUUGGAAAUUUAGAAAUUGAAGUCAGAAUUAGAAGAGAGAUCAAAGUAGCCACUUGAAAAUCUAGUUAAUGAAUUAGAAAAAGAAAAGCAAAAGGCUUUGGAAGAUAAAUAAGAAGCUCAAUCUGCCUACGAAUAGAGAUCUAAAGAUUUAUUUAAAGAAACUGAACUAAGAAAAUAAUUAGAAGAGAAGAUUUCAGCAUUGAAUUCUCAAAUGCUAGUAGGUGGAUAAAAGAUAGAAGAAACUCCUUAAUUUUAAAGUGCCUUAGAGAAGUAAUAAAGAUUGAUAAGAUAGCAAUACCAAGAAAAAUUAACUGAAUUAGAAAAGGAGAGGCAAUCUAUUGAAGAGGAUAAAGCUUAAACAGAUAAGUAUAAGCAAUUGUUGCUAAAAUAAAGAGAUAUUAUGAUAGCAUUAACUAAUAGGUUAAAUGAUAGGGAUGAAACUAUUCUUCAACUCUAAGAAGAAUUGGAUGUUUAUGAAAAAUUAUAAAAAGAGAAUGAAGACCAACUUCAUUCAUAGUAAAUUAGAUUGGAAUAAUUUGAAGAAUUGUUUCUCGAAAACAAGAUUGAGAUUCCUCUGCUGUUGUAAAAUCAAAAAUAAUUUAACAAGGAAAAGGUUGUAGAUAUUUAAAAUGAUUUGUAAAUUUAGAAAUUGGAAUCCAUACCUGUAUAAACUUUACAUACUAAUUAAUAAGUAUAAUCUGAUGCUCUUAUAUCUUAUGAACUUAAAAAUUAGAUUGAAAUCAACAAAUAAAUCUAAUUUGAUUUAAAAUUAACAAGAACUGAAUUGGAGAAGAGUAAAAAUGAAAUAGAAUAAUUGAAGAAAAAAUAAAAUACAGAAUAAGGCACUUUGAUUGAGAAUGCAAGAAAAUCUGUUGAUAAAAUACUGGAAUUAUUGACUUCUGAGUAGAGCGAAUAAAGUUUGGGGAAUGUUGCUAAAGAAUUGAAUUAAUUAUAAAGAAUGUUAAAAUAAGGCAUAUAACCAUCCAGAACUCAUGUUAAAGGUCAAUACUCUUUUAGUAAAUCAACAAGUGACUCUCCAAAUAAAAUAAUGCUAAUAAAUAAAUAGAAUGAUUCAAUGGCUAAGUCAACAGGAUAAUUGGUAAAAUUAAUGUAGAUGAAGCCGCAACCUAAACAAAAUUAAUCUCCUGUUUUAGGGUAUUGCAUCUAUAUUGAUAUUUUAGUUCUAAAUUAAAGUAAAAACAAAAGUCAGUGGAAGAUCUCUGGAACUAAAUUUGA